UUAAAAGCAGUGUUAACCUGAACUGCACAGUGCUCACUGAAGGUUGAAAAGGUUUCAUUUCCUCUGAGGUGUCAGUGGUUUUUAUUUUCUUUUUUUUUUUUUUUAAUUCAGACGUGACAUCAGCCAAACUCACCAUGUAAAGUAGGAAGUACAGAGCACUUCUUUGUCUGUCCCAUCAGAGCUGAGCUGCUUUCAGACGACUCCGUCUUGUUGUGGAUGCUGAAGCUGAUCAUGGUUCUCCUGUGGAUGAUCCUGUUGGUGCUUCUGCUCUGUGCAGAGGCCGAGAACGUGACCGAGGUCAGAGAAGAGCUGGGGACCAAUGUCACUCUAACCUGCUCCAAUCAGACAUCAGACACACACUGGUACAUGGAGAUCUACAGUCAGUUCAGAGCAGGUAUCGGUCGCAGUUUUUCCUCAGCAGACUCUACCUACUACUCUCCUGGUUUUGAAUCCAAAUUUUCAAUCCUGGGAAACAAACUCGUGAUUAAAAACUUGACAGCAGAGGACUGCAGGCUUUACUUCUGUGCCAUCAAGAGAGGAGGCAGCAUUCAGUUUGUGGAGACUUUCCGCGUCGUCUCAAAUGUCACCCUAAACAUCACCGACCCCCAAAUCGACUGCAGACUCAGUCAGCUCAUCAUCAUCUGUGUCUCUGUUACUGUUGUCGUCUUUGUAAUACUGGGUGCUGUUUUUACAGUGUUGUGUUUGAAGAGAAAAUCCAGAAGGAUCCAGAAGAAUAAUGUUUCACUUCACAUCUAUGAGAACACAGACACACUGAGGGCUGCGCAGAACAAGGUGAUCCAGUCCCAACGGGCAAAAGCUCACUGAAAGACUUCUUUACCCGUAAGCUGAAAGAUGUUGCUUUUGUGGACAAUUUGAAUUGUUUCACAUUUAACCCCCAAAAUACAUUUUCAUGCAUUUUUUCUACUGCAGGACAUAAAUUGACAUUUUGUGUAUUAUCAGGAUUGUAAGAAAACAGCUGCGUACUUAUGAUGUAAAACUUCAUAUAAAAAUGUGAUGUGCUUCAAGUGUCAGCUGGAACCCUUUGAACAUGUGAAGUGCAGCUUAAGAGAGUCUGAAACCCUUUAAGCUAAAAAUUGAAAGCAUGUCUGAAACUUUAAGGGCUGCAUCCACAAGGCACUAAGUGGAUGUGGUAGCACUAUUUAUAACAGUAUCACAUGACUAACUAUAGUGACUGAAGUACAAACAUAUAUAAUGUCAACAGUAAUGUCAACAGCAUAUUGUAUUUGUAGUAGUACGUAUAGAAUUGCAUGUAAACUGCUUAGCAAUACAUACAUUAAAGACUAUUUUUGCGGUUGUACUAAAAGCAGCUCUAAUAAACAGGAUUGUGGGUAAUUGAAGUAGCAUUUGUAGUUUUUAAAGCAGUAUAAUAUUAUGUAUCUGUAAGUUAGCUAACAAUUCUGUUAGCACAAAUACUUCUUUUGUCCAACGCUUGUCUAAAAGUGUAAAAACAAAGCGUGAAAAAGGAAGUGAUUUCCUGAGUUAAUUAUACACUUUCCUGAGAAACAACUACUCACACUGAGGCGGCUCUAAAGCCCAGUGGCCUCCUUUUCUGUUACUCCGUGGAAACUCAGUUAAAUUAGCAUUUCAGACUUUUUUAAAAGAAUUACUGGAAUACAUGAAUCAUUCAGCUUUGACUGUUCAUCUGCUUUUACCCACAUUGUCCAGCAGCCUACCACACAAUCAGACAUCCUGAUUCAAGAUGUCUGUGUAGCCGAUCUCUCCUGCGUUCACACAGGAAGUGAUGCAUCAGCCAGUGGCAAUAGGUGAUGAAUAACUUUCCACCAGUUCAAGUAAGAAUGAGCAAAAAUAACUGGUGUCUAAUUUGAAAGUUAGCGAGUGAAAUUAUUACAGAUGAGAGUAAAAUAAAGAAUAGAUUGACAUGUGACAUAUGAGGAAAUGCUUUACAGUGGGAUGCAACCUUGGUAAUAGUCAUUGUUUUCCUGUAUAUAUUGUUGGUUGCUACAAUAAAAAGUUUCAGUUAAAUAUAUCAUAUUGAACUACUCUACUAACUACGAUACUCUGAAGCUACACUUCAGAGAAAAUUAAAAGAGGUGGGAAACUUACAAUUGACCCCCUUAAAUACUCUUUCUCAUUAUUGGAUUCACCUGUGUAUGUAGGUCAGGGGUCACUGAGCUUACCAAGCCAAUUUGAGUUCCAAUAAUUAGUUCUAAA